UGACGUUACACACCGGAACUUCUUCAGUAAAUAGUAGGGUUGGUAGCGGAACUUCUUAACUGAACAAGGAAAUGCUUGUGAGACGAGUCCUACCAUAGUUUACACUGUUAAUGUUGCCAUAGCGAUCUGGAUUUCACAGCGAUGGCUGGAAGUCCAUCUCGGGUGUUUGCUGCCCUUAUACCGGCCGGUGACGAUACUUUCCGAGAUGAAAACCGAACAGGCUUGAUCAAGACUCUUCAGACGCAUACCUGUGGGCCACAAACCUCUGGAAGAGAGGUUCAAGUCACGGGAAGUUGCGAGCUGUCCGGUCCACCGGACCGGGCCACGCUGCGUGUAAGCGUCAGCAGCAGCAAGGAUUCGGUGAACGACGUCACGAAUAGUGUCUCCAGAAGACUGGAAUACAUCCUACAGGCUCUGCGACAGCACGAAGUGAAGGGAGAGAACACCACAGUGACAAAAGUGUUAAGAAGAGGUGACAAUGCUUACGACAUGGAAGCAGAGGUGAGUGUGGUGUUCGCGGAUUUCAGCACGAUGCAGAGCGUCAGCAACGUCCUGGUGGAGAAGCUGGAUAAGAGCGUGGUGGUCAGUCCGCCCGCGUUUUCUCACAGCGCCGACUCUCUCAAUAGACUCAGGCGACAGGCGUGUCUGGCGGCGGUGGAGAACGCCCGCCGUAAGGCCCGGGAGGUGUGCGGCCUGCUGGGACAGGCCCUGGGGCGCCCCCUGCUGGUGAAGGAGGAGGACGCGCGGGAGUGGACGGGCCAGGCGGAGGAGGGGGGGGCGGCGGGGGGGGCGCUGGCGUCCCUGCAGGACAGCAUCAGGAAGGCCACGGUCUUCGUGUCGUCCCACGUGUACGUCUCCUUCGAGAUCAGACCCAAAGACAGAACCAGAAAAAAACACUGACGCUGCCCCCCCCCCCCCCAGUGUAAAUCCCUAUCAACCUUAUUAAUGUUGCUCAGGUAGGCCUGUCAGUCCACCCGGCAUACUCCCAGCAGCUGGUGAGAACAGUAGCAGGGAUUCAAAAAACAUUCACCCUUAACUGCCCCUUACAAGUAAAUGCGGGUGUCAGUUACACUUUUUUCUUCACAAGCUCGGUUAUGCGAGUUAGUUUUAGCGACUGCUGAACUCGCCAAACUGUGUUCUUGUUGUUAAUUAGUUAGUCAAAGUUAAUUGCUCACUGGUGCUCAUUGGGUGUGUGUGUGUCACAUGCACUGUAGCGUCCUUUCGACAGUCCCUUUAACCGUGGCCACAACGUGCAAAUCCACACUCAUGUUUCUCAGGACAUCAUAUCAAAAUAUUUAUGCUACACUGUGUAGCGCUGCAUCUGAGGAAGAGGCUUUAAAUUAUUUGGGGAUUAAAGUACUGCCCAUAACCAAAAAAAAAUGAUUUAUUACAUUACUGGCAUUUAGCAGACGCUCUUAUCCAGAGCAACUUGCACAACUUUUUAUUUACCAAAGAAUAAAAUCAAUACACCAA